AUUUCCUACCCCAACUUAAGUUUAAUUUGCAGGGCCUGUGCUACAAACCUGAGAGAGUAGAGAGAAGGUCACAUGAGACAUAUAGCAAGAAAGUGGUCAUCUACAAGCCAGGAAGAAAGCUCUCACCAGAAACCAAAGUUGCUAGCACCUUGAUCAUGGACGUCUAGCCUCCAGAACUCUUCCAUCUCCGCCGGAGAUCCCAACAAGACAACAUGCCUCCCAAGAAGCCUGAGCCUAAGAAGGAAGCGGCCAAGGCUGCCCCAGCCCCUGCCCCGGCCUCAGCUUCUGAGCCCCCCAAGGAACCUGCCUUUGACCCCAAGAGCGUAAAGAUAGACUUCACUGCCGACCAGAUCGAAGAGUUCAAAGAGGCUUUCUCGUUGUUUGACCGGACGCCGACUGGAGAGAUGAAGAUCACCUAUGGGCAGUGUGGGGACGUGCUGCGGGCACUGGGCCAGAACCCCACCAACGCCGAGGUGCUGCGCGUCCUGGGCAAACCCAAGCCUGAAGAGAUGAAUGCGAAGAUGCUGGACUUCGAGACGUUCCUGCCCAUCCUGCAGCACAUCUCCCGCAACAAGGAGCAGGGCACCUAUGAGGACUUUGUGGAAGGGCUGCGUGUUUUCGACAAGGAGAGUAAUGGCACAGUCAUGGGUGCUGAGCUUCGCCAUGUCCUCGCCACCCUGGGAGAGAAGAUGACUGAGGCCGAGGUGGAGCAGCUUUUGGCUGGGCAAGAGGAUGCCAACGGGUGCAUCAAUUACGAAGCCUUUGUCAAACACAUCAUGUCUGGGUGA